AUGGACACGGCACGACUUGUGGGUGACUACGAACUUGGCCCGAGACUCGGGUCUGGUUCCUUCGCUGUGGUGUGGCUAGCGAAGCAUCGAUCCUCUGGUUUAGAAGUCGCCAUCAAGGAGAUUGAUAAGAAGAAGCUUAGCCCUAAAGUCAGAGAUAAUCUCCUCAAGGAGAUUUCUAUUCUCAGCACUAUUGAUCAUCCCAACAUCAUCAGAUUCUAUGAAGCUAUUGAGACUGGAGAUAGGAUAUUUCUUGUGUUGGAGUAUUGUAGUGGAGGUGAUCUUGCUGAUUAUAUCAAUGUCCAUGGCAAAGUCUCAGAAGCUGUUGCUAAGCAUUUUAUGAGGCAAUUGGGUAAGAUCAGUUUUUGUUCUGUUUUUAUGUGUUUGAUAUAUUUUUUUGGUAGGUCUUUAACUCCUGAGAGCAUGGCUGAAACAUUCUGUGGUUCUCCUUUGUAUAUGGCUCCAGAGAUUAUCCGGAACCAAAAGUAUGAUGCAAAGGCUGACUUGUGGAGUGCUGGUGCGAUUUUGUUUCAACUUGUUACUGGGAAGCCACCUUUUGAUGGGACUAACCACAUCCAGCUAUUUCAAAAUAUUGUGAGAGACACUGAGCUGAAGUUUCCUGGAGAUGCUUUGAAUGAGAUUCAUCCUGAUUGUGUAGAUCUCUGCAGAAGUCUUCUACGCCGAGACCCAAUUGAACGCUUGACGUUCCGAGAGUUCUUCAGCCACAGGUUUCUUCAAGAGCCAAGACAAAUGCCUGGUGUUGCGUAUUCUGAUGCUGCUACCUCUAGGGGGAAAUCAUCCUUGCCAUAUGCACAACAGAGUAGUACAAACAUAUUCAAAUCAAGUUCAGAGAAUGUCUACACACAUGAGAGUUCCUCUAGUGCCUCAACUUCCAACAUUUUGAUGCAGCAACAUGUCUCUUGUGAGAAGACCAAUGAGGGACAAUCCUCAUCAAACCAACUUGGAGUACUUGACUCGCUUGAGCUCAUAGAGAGGGAAUAUGUACUUGUAAACCGUCCUUCUGAAGGUUCUUCAGAUUAUUUCGACACAUCACUUGAAGCACAGAGACCAUUACCUGACGUGUCAGCACCACGUUCAGCAAGCGGAUCAUACCUGUUAACAGAAGUCCAACGGUUAACGAUUGUUCAUCCUCCAACGAAGCUCCAACUCUUGCAUCAGUAUGCAGAGGCACUUACAGAAGUAGCUAAAGAGAUGGACAAUGUAGGACAGGUGAAGGAAUCAUUUGCUGUUACCCUCGUUGUUUUAGCUGCAUGGAGGAAAGCUUUAGAGAUAUGUGAUUCUUGGAUGGUGUCUGUUGGAGAGGAUAGAGUGAACACAACAGCUCCAGGGACUUCAAAUCCAGAUUUAAAUUCACCAGCAGUAGCUAAAAUUUGGGUGACACAAGAGUUUGUUACUGCGUUUAAUCAGGCAGAGACUUCAUCAACUCAACUAAACCAAACAAGCGCUGCUACUCAUAUGCCUGAUGCCAUGGAAACAAUAUACGAGAAGGCAUUAGCAUACGGCAAGAGUGGUGGGGCAGAAGAAUAUUUGAAUAACAAGGAAAGUGCAGCAAGAUUAUACAAGAAAGCGAUUCUUCUACUCUCCUUUAUAAUAGAGGAAGCAGUGACUCUACCUCUGUCCCCUCCUUUCUCAUUAACCCCUGACGACAAGAAGAGGAUUCUCUACUACAUCUCUAACUUGCAGCAUCGUCGGUCUCAUCUUUAGCCAAAAAUCGACUGCUACAUUGUACAGAAAGAAACUUUCUAAGCUUGACUCAGCCUUGAAUCAAGUUUAUAACAUUUGGUGUUUUAUUAUCUCUUGAAAUUUCAAAAUGGUUACUCUAUAUUCAUAUGAUGAUGUGACCAAAAGUAUUUGCCUCCACCCAUUGUAUAGUAUAAUAUCAAAAGCUUAAAAAAAAA